GGAAGUUGUUUCAUCGUGUUUUCAUCAGCUUGGAGAACGUAGCUCAUCAUCGCACUUAUGAUAUGAUUUUAAGUAGCAUUUAUACCUGACAACAAACACCACGACGUUUGAAAGAUCUGUUUGAAGAAUUGCCGUAAUGAAGGGAUUAUUUCAAAUCAUUUUGCUAUUUUUCUCUUUUGCUCACAUCAACAGUUGGAAUGAAGGAAGUGUUUUGCUCCGGGAUGUGCAGGUACUCACCCUGUACAAAGGCAAGUACACCACAGCCAGACGCAGUAGUCCCGUACCUCAGAUUCAGUGUGUCGGUGGCACUGCGGGCUGCGGAACCUUCCUUCCUGAAGUGAUUCAGUGCCAAAACAAAGGUUGGGACGGAGUCGACGUACAGUGGGAAUGCAAAACCGACAUGGACACCUCCUACAGAUUUGGACGUAUAGAGGUCAGCUGUGAGGGAUUCAACCACCCCGAUGAUCCCUAUAUACUCAAAGGCUCGUGUGGACUGGAAUAUUCACUGGAGCUGACUGAGGAAGGCAAGGGGAGGCACAAGGGAGGCUCAACAGGUGGGUUCUCGUCUGGUUUCAGUGACUUCGCUUCCAGUUUCUUCAAAGGUUCCUCAGACAACAAGCAGCACCACCACAGCUACAACCAACAACAGAGUCCUUCCUGGGACGGCGAUUCCAGUGGAUUGCUGGUAGUCGCUCUGCUCCUGUUUCUGGCCUACGGCGUUUACAAGCUGUUCUUGAGUGGGCCGGGGAAUCUACAACAAGAUGGACAGUUCCCAAACAGCGGCUUUCCGGACCCCAAUUCACACACUCCCAAUGGGCCACCACCUCCUGGAUUCAAACCGGACUUCACUGGUUCCUCGUCAGGAUACCCUGGUUCUUCUGGGUUCCCUGGUUCUGCAGGCUACGGUGCCAACCCUGGGUACGGAUUCCGCAACGACUACAGCGGACAGCAGCAGAACUUUGCCGGUGCCAGGCAGCGUACCUUUGGGGGAAAUGGGUUCUGGACUGGGAUGGGGACUGGAGGAGUCCUUGGUUAUUUGUUUGGAAGUCAAAGACGCCAGACGCCGUACACAAACACCUACUCGAACUCCUCAGCCUUCAGGAGCCCGGCGACCCCAGCCCCCAGCACCGGCACACGCACAGCUUCAGGCUUUGGAGGGACCAAGAGAAGAUAGAUGUUGAAGAUUGGGCCCAAGGCCCAUCUUCCAUGACAUCAGGAGAAGGACAAGAUGAUGUCAUAUGGGGCUUGCAACAUGCGUAGACUGAGGUCUGUUGCUAAUUGGUGUAGUCGACCUGGGAUUUUUCUAUAGAAAAUGUGAUGACCCAAUAACUCUUAAACAGUUAUUGGGUCAUCAGAGUAUGUAGGAUGGGAAUGUGUAAUUGUGUUUAAAAAAAAAACAAUUUAUGCAUUUCACCUGUAUGGUCACCUGUGUUGUUAAACACUUGGGUACAUUUGCAGUGUGGCUUGUUUUGACUUAUGCUAUCAUUGAUUAUUUUCUUUUUUUUAAUAGUAAACUUGUGAAAUUCCAUUCAAAGGAAUGUUGUUUAUGCACUUUAUAGUCUGGUUUGUUUGCUUUUGCAGUGUAGUAAUUUUAGUCACCUGUUCCUGUAUUUCUCAGCUGGUCGUAUAUCUGGGUUUUCGAGGUUGUACAGAUUUAGUCAUGUUUUACCAUCUUUAAUAAAAUGUUGCUGAAUGCAAAUGACAUUGGCCUUGUACACCAAAAUGCUUUCCCCUUUGUCUCCCUUCUGCAUCAAAAGACCAACAGCCUGUUACCUGUUAUAAAAUUCAGGACCUAUUCAACCAAGUUAGUAUUUUUUGUAGUUGCCUUUGCUAACUGAAACAAACAAAAAACUGCAACUAGUUCGCUUGAACUGGACAUAUGGUUUUACCAAAAUGUGCCUGAAACACUUGUGAUUUUUGUGUUCAUAAGGUUGAUUACUUUUUAACCAUUUGACAAAGGUUUUAAGUACCAAUGCAAGAAAGGUAUUACAUGUUCUGUAAAUGCACAGAGUUAAAGUACAUGGCUAUGUUCCAAAAUCGU